GCCCCUUUUAUGCAUAAUUACCCAUGGAUAUUAUAAACAUUUAUCUUGCAACUUUUGUCAGACACAUUUUUCCAUAAAUUCUAUAUUUUUCGAGAUAUCUGCCUGCAGCACUUAAAAUAAACUCCAUGUAUAUGUAUACAUACAUCAUAUGUAUAUCAUGUGCAUAUCAUAGUCUCUGUUUUAAUAUAUGUAUAAUUUCUUCAUUUGUUGAAAUUUACUCUAUUAAAAAUAGACUUAUUUUUUUCAGAUAGGACUGUUGGAAAAUAUGCACAAAGCAAAUGUACUGAUAGAAAGGAUUAACGCAGGUGUAUUGGAUUAUCUCGAGAAGAAAAGACUAUAUUUUCCACGUUUUUUUUUUCUUAGUAAUGAUGAUAUGCUAGAGAUUCUUUCUGAAACUAAAGAUCCAUUUCGUGUACAACCACAUUUGAAAAAAUGCUUCGAGGGAAUCAAUAAAUUAGGAUUCAAUGAAGAUCUAGAAAUUUAUUCCAUGUUCAGUGAUGAUAAAGAAGAAGUAACCAUGAAGAACAUUAUUUCAACAGCAGCAGCAUGUGGAUGUGUUGAAAGAUGGCUAAUUCAAGUUGAGGAACAAAUGGCUAGCUCAGUAAGAGAAGAAAUUUAUUUAAGUUAUUUAGACUACGAAACAAAUGCACAAGAGACAUGGGUACUUAUGUGGCCUGGCAUGGUUGUUCUCUGUGUUUCACAACUCUAUUGGAGUCUUGAAGUGCAAAAUUGCCUGAUUAGUCGAUUACCUUUUGCAAUAGAGUUGUUCUAUGAAAAAUUGAAGUCUCAGAUCUUGAAAUUGGUUGAAUUAGUAAGAGGGCAACUAUCAAAGCAAAAUCGAACAACACUAAAUGCCUUAAUCACUAUUGAUGUACACUCCAUGGAUGUUGUAAAAUCUCUUAUCGAGAAACGUAUCACAAAUGAAAUGGAUUUUGAAUGGCUAGCACAACUCCGUUACUACUGGGAAGAUGAUAUUUAUGUUAGAAUUAUUUAUUCAAUGAUAAAGUAUGGUUAUGAAUACAUUGGCAAUUGUCCACGUCUUGUUAUCACACCUUUAACUGACAGGUACUAUAUCCUUUUAAAAUACUGUAAGAGUGAAUAUAUUUAGCUUGUCACAAAUCUUUUAUUGCUUGCCGCUUGGAUUAUUUAAAUGAUAAGGCUUAAAUUUUUUAUCAAUAAAACAAAAACCU